UUUUAUAUUUAUAUGGAGGUUUUCCAUAAUUCACAACGUCACACGACGCACACAGACGUCAUCUGAAGCUCCUCCCACUCAUGGAACAAGCACAUUCCUUUUGUCCAAGAUGGCGGAAUUGAUGCAGCCUAGGCGACGCUAAUGUUUGUGGAUUUUAUUUUUUUUAUUCGUAUAAUUCAGCCUGCAGCCGAACACGUUUCCGUGCAAACCCUAGUUAAAGGCCUCCUCGCGCAUGUGCAACAUCUCUUGGAGAUUUCACCUCGGAGCUGAUUUUAUAUUUUUGCUGGAGCGGAGCAUCACUGUAAAAUGAAGCGGCAGGCCGAACGCGACGCGAGUCCGUCCAGGACGCUCGCCAAACGCGUCCGCGAGCGAGACCGGGAGCGCGAACUGAACCCGCCGCUCGCGCUGCUGCUCGCCGAAAGCCGAAAUAAUCACAAACGAAGCCGCAGCAGGGAGCGGGAAAAACCGCGGGUUCGAGAAGAAAGAGAGAGUCUCCACCGCCCCUAUCAUGAACUGGGUCUGUUGGGUCGAGCCCCGCUCCGAACAACAACAGUUCUGCCUAAAGGUAAGACCCCAUCUGCAGACAAGGUGGGUACACGACUAGAAUACAAGACACUACUUAUAAGCAACCUUGGAUCAACGCUUUCUGAUGAACACAUAGAGGACGGACUGUUUCAUGAAUUUAAAAAGUUUGGGGAUGUGAGCAUAAAGCUGUCUCAUACGCCUGAACUGGGUCGUAUCGCUUACGUCAACUUCCGACACACGGAAAAGGCGCGGGAAGCGCGCCACGCCAAAACCAGGUUGGUGCUGUAUGACCGUCCACUUAAAGUUGAACCCAUGUACAUGAGGCGGCGCAGUUGCACGCCUCCUGAUGUUAGUUAUGUAUCCAUGCAUGUUUCCACCUACACGUAUAGGCAGCGGUCCCUUUCACCUGGUGCUGGGGGAAGUGCUCUCAGAGAUUUGAGACCUAGACAUUAUGUGGAUGGUGUGGGACUUAACAGGGACCGUGUUUUGGACUAUUAUAGUGCUUUGGAGGAGAGUCGUUGUGCAUAUGCAUACCAGCUACCUGAGGAUGACUUAAAACCAGAGGACGAUCAGAGAGCCACUCGGAAUUUAUUUAUUGGCAACUUGGAUCAUAACAUUUCAGAGGUGGAACUACGACAAGGCUUUGACAAGUAUGGAAUUAUUGAAGAAGUUGUGAUCAAACGCCCUGCCCGUGGACAAGGUAGUGCUUAUGCUUUUCUUAAAUUUCAGAACUUGGAUAUGGCACACCGAGCCAAAGUGGCGAUGCAGGGACGCAUGAUUAACGGAAAUCCGAUUAAGAUUGGCUACGGCAAGGCCAAUCCGACGACUCGACUGUGGGUGGGCGGACUUGGCCCAAAUAUCUCGCUGGCUGCUUUAGCCCGUGAGUUUGAUCGCUUUGGGAGUAUUCGGACCAUAGACUACGUGAAAGGAGAUAACUUUGCAUACAUUCAUUAUGAAAGCUUGGACGCAGCUCAGGCCGCCUGUGCGCAAAUGCGUGGCUUCCCUCUUGGUGGUCCGAAUCGUAGAUUGCGUGUGGAUUUUGCUAAGGACGAGGAAACAAGGCCAUACCCUCAACAGUACCAGCCUCCUUUGCUCCCCCCUCCACAUUUUGAUGUUCUGCCCGAUGGUUACGGACAUCACCGCAGCUUGGAAAGAGAGCUACGAGCAAGGACUCGCUCACCAUCGCACCCUCUGUUCAUGGAGAGAGACCGAGAGCGCCUUUCUGACCGGGACUUGAGUCCGCUGAAGGGGCUUGAGCGGCGAGCGAACCCAGAGGUGUUUGGUCGGAUUAAGCAGCGCAGUCGAAGCCGUAGCAGGGAACACUGGCUAAAGGAGCGAGACCUGGAACACGGCGUAGGGAAAAACUGGGAGGAACGGCGCAAACGAAGGAGCCUCAGUCCCAUUGAGCGACCCAUCGAAGAGCGCAGAAGGUCAAAAAUCCGGGGAGGGGCACCCUCAACCCCUGAGGACAGCCCGGACCGGGGAUGUGGUCGCCUUCCAGACUCCACUUCUGAACCUCUAAAUCACACUCCUGACAUCAGCAGACACUCCAGUGAUGGAUGUCCCCUGCAGGACGAAUCUUUGCAUCAGAGGAGAGACAGUGAACGUGAUCGCAAUCAUCGCAAAAAUGAGAGUGACCCUGACUCCCAGACUGACAAAUCCAAAAUGGACUCCAAAAAGCCCAGCACACUCUCUGAAUACGCCCAGAUGCUGAGUUGCGUAUGGCAUGGUUCUCUUGUCCUUAAAAACAGCUGCUUCCCCACAAACAUGCACAUGCUUGAGGGUGGUGCAAGCUUUCUAAACUCCCUCAUGAGAGACAACCAAGCAGGCGGUUCCAAGAUCACGCAACUUAAAAUUGCUCAACGGCUAAGAUUGGAUCAGCCAAAACUGGAUGAGGUGACUCGUCGCAUCAAGCUGGGCAGCCCAGACGGUUACGCUGUCCUUCUCGCCGUCCAGGGGCCCAUGGACAGGGACGCCCCUCCUCCAGAACCAGGCCUUCAGCAUCGCCUUCUCCGCAACUUGGUGACAUACCUCCGGAACAAGCAGGCAGCAGGGGUCAUCAGCCUGCCCCUUGGAGGUCCAAAAGAGAGGGAAAUGGGGGGCAUGUUGUACGCCUUCCCUCCUUGUGACUUCUCGCAACAGUAUCUUCAGACUGCUCUAAAAACUAUCGGAAAACUUGAGGAAGAGCACCUGGUCAUUGUGGUUGUUAAAGACUCAUCUUAACACUUCUAUUCCAACACUUCACUUUCCACAGAUAUUAUGCAUUUUUAUUUUAGGUAGUUGUACCUUUUUACUUUAAAGGGAUAGUUCAACCAAAACUAAAAAUUCUGUCAUCAUUUACUAAUGUUGUGUUCCACGGAAGAAGGUAAGUAGUACUGGUUUGAAGCAAGAAGGCGAGUAAAAGAUUUUAAGAAUUUUCCAGUAUACUAAACCAGUGUUCCCUUCUUAAAAGGUUUUGAAAAUUUGAAUAACAUUCCUCCAUCAAGCUUUUUUUUUAUAUAUAAAAUAAUACAGUACAUUAGUUUUAAAUUUGUUUUAUGUCAAGGAAUUUUAAAUUUGUUUCUCUCAGCAGUGUUCCAAAUUUUCAUUGUGUCCUAUUUACAAAACUUUUUUGAAGUUAAAUCCAGAAGACAAUUUGACUGAAGUUCUCCUACAGUGGUUCAUUUAUAAGGAAUAUAAAACAAAUUGGGCCUUAUUCCUGAAACAAAAAAAAAAGAGCAUUACAAAAUUCAGUGUAAAUUGUUUUGUAAGGUCAUUGCUGCGUACUUUGUCACAACCAUUUAAGACCAAUACAAGAAUGGGUCUGCGAACGAUUAAUCUAAUUAUUUUUGCCUGUGUGUUAUGCAUCAGGAACAGUGACGGUAUUCAAGUGCAAUAAUUAUUUGUGGCUAUUUAACUUCGUAACACAUUCACCCAACAGUCCUUUCCUCACAAAUUACAUCCAUUUGACCAUUUUUACUUACCAGAUGGGGGCCUAGACAAACGCAAUGGUGCAAAUCAUAUAUAAAUCCUUUAAGUAAAUUGACUUGUGCAAUUUAAUGCAACGAUUUAUGUAAGAAUGGUUUUACAAGCGAUUUACACACUUGUUUGUUCUGCUUAUGUUAAAUGAAUGCGGCCUAAUGACUUCAAAUUAGUUUUCUAAUUGGUUUGUGGCUUUUUACUCUGCAACAAACUCACUCACAUAACAGUUCUUAGCUUCUUCAGAAAUAUACAGUACUUGAGAAAGGCAGUUUUUUUUUUCUAAUUCAUGUCAGGUGAGGCGUUUGUGUCAUAACUGAUGGCAUCUACCUCUUUAAUCAUGUAACGCAUCAGGUAUGUUCGACAUAAUGAAGAUGACAAGCUGUCUUUGAGUCCACUGCAAUUGUUUUGUGUUGUUUGUAAUAUGCAACAGAAGGUCAUGUGACCAUACGUGUAUCUUUACUGAUCAAGAACUGAUUGGAUUUAUGGAUCCAAACACACUAAUGUUUGUAAACAUUACGAACACUACGGUUUAAGCUUAUGUAACGGUUUGUUUGUAUACUGAAAUGUCUGUUAAAGGGGUAGUUCACCCAAAAAUGACAAAUCUGUAUGAGGGUUUGUAAAGGUGACGGAAUUGAAACUUUUUUUGGUGUACCAUCCCUUUAAGCCUUAAGUUUUUGACUGUCCUUCAUUGAAUGACUUUGCCAUUUCAUUUUAACCAGUGGUAAAUUGAGGUAGUGUCCAUUUUAAACAAGUGCUAUUCUGGGAGUUUUAAAAUGUCUAGCGAUUGAGUUUUGUAAUCAUGUAUAAACCUGAAUCAAGCGUUAUUUCUAGGUUUUCGCUAUUAAUGAAGGGAUUUGAAAAAUCCACCCACCAACACUACAUCCCUUUGCACUGAACGGUUAUUUCCCAUUGUUUCCUUUUAAUUGUGUUCUGCUAUUUUACUCGCUCUUUUAUUUUUUUUUUCUGUAUGCAAAAUAUGUAUAGCAUAUAAACAUGCAAGUAAACAUUUCAUGUUCCUGUUUUUAAGUCUUACCUCUUGUCUUUAUUUGCAAAUCAGUGCGUUCUUUUUUAACAUUUAAUAGCAAAGAUGUCAGACCUGCUUUCAUAAUGAAGAUGAGCGGCCAACAAAUGUGAUUUCUCAUUGCUAAGCAUAUGUCCUGUCUCCAUAGUUACCUCUCCAUCUCAAAUAUUGCCUACAAAACAAGUUGUGAAGGUUAAAGUGGUAUCCAGGCAACUGCAUCCAUCAUUAAAAAAAAACUUUCAGAUUCCAGAGUUCAAAUGAGGCCUAGCUGUGCGGAUGCUUGAAUAACCACUAGGUGGCAUUGUCGUCAUAAAAAAACAACACUUAACUCAUCAUAUGAAACCAGCUCAUCCCUGCUGUGCACGUGGGAAAUUGCUCAAGGGAAAACAGUCAUUGCUGUGCAUAUUAAACAUGUGCUGAGACAUUGUUGCCACAUUUAAACCAAUUCGAAAGCAGUCUUCAUUUAUGCGCCCUAUGCCAGCAUGCAAAUUAAGCAGUUUUGCAUUUGAUAUUUAUGUUGUUUAAUAUGUAGAUCUACAUGACACCUUGAAAUUAGCCUGGACUAUAUCCUUAAUUAGCUCUUUUAUCAAUGGCAGAUUGAGUGAAUCUAAAUUGAGCAUUCUGCUGUUGUUGACCCCUGCUAGAUGUUUAUUCCUUAAGCUUUCCUGCUGACCCAACUAACUCAAGAAGCCUAAGAGUCACUUAAUUGACUGGACCGCCUGCUCUCAAGGUGUCAGGCAAUUCAUGGAAAUCAGUCAUUUAUAGUGGAUUUUGUGUUAGCACAUGUCCAUUUGCCAACAAAUGUACUAAAGCAGUCCUCUGACAUCUGCUGUUCUGUGCUAGAGAACUGUAAUUCAUGGGUCUAAGGUUUUGAUAGAUAAUGAACUGAAUCAAGGCCAUUGUUAUUGUGAUUAUUUGAUUAACAAUAUAUACUUAUUAGUGUAAGUAUUUCGUUUUAUAGUGCAAGGCAUUUCCAAUGUAUUUUUGGCCAUGCAUAAUAGCAUUCAAUAUCAUACGGUACAGGACGAGCAUUAUUUAAUUUCUAACAGAUAUUUAGUUAGUUUACAAACAUAUAAACGUAGUAUAAAAAUAAAAUCCAUAUAUCAUGUAUAUUAGCUAAAUUACUUAUUUGGACAAUUGCUGUCAAAUAUUUUUGUGAAAUGAUGACUGCUAAACUGCGUAAAAGGCACAGCUACAUUUGUUUGUCUUGGUA